AUGACCUCAAACAACGAAAUCACUGCGAACAUUCCGAGCCCAGAUCCGGUCACAAAACGAGAAAGCAGAUUCGCGUCUCUGUUCAUCGCACUACUGGCUGUCAGUCCUAUGGCUAUCGAGUACGACGCGGCGGACCAGCAGACUAUGGAGGCAGCACAGGAGGCAUCUGGAAGCGCGCCGCAACCAGAAGCUUUCAAGAAGACAGAAGCCCAGCCAGGAAGUGGGGUCAGAUCAUCGGAGAUUCGCAAGACCAGAUGGAAGCGAUUCAAGUACGAACUGGGGCUGAAGAUGAGGAUUACCGGCAGACGGAAGGCAAAGGAUCGGUGGAAGUGGACGCAGGCGGAUGAUGUAGGGCUGGAGGUUUUGAGGCAAGAAGAGCGAUACAUCUAUACGGAUAUGGAGAGGCAGAAUAGCAGUUGA